AUGUGCUGUCCGCUAUCCGGCAUUCAUCGUCACCAAAUUCAUUUAAUCAGCUAUGGUUCUGUAUCGUUCUGCCUUAUAUCGAUCGGAUUACUUUUCAGCGUUUUUGCGAUUUUCCAGAAAGACUCUAUAAUAGGCAAAGUGUGGCUGGCUGGGCCUACCACAAUUGUCGUCGGUUUAGUACUCCUUGGAAAGGUUGUAAUAGAUUGGGGUCCAGCCAUGAAUUCAAAACAUUUUAAUUCAAUGGAUUUUUACGCAGUAAAUUCUACGCAGAAUUAUAAUGUAUGUUCAAUUAAUAUAAUAUAUUGCUUGAUAAUAAGCUGA